AUGGCGACGCAUACGUCACGUCCCACCCCUGUUUCUAUCGUUAAUGGCACAAGUGAUAGCACCCCGCAAACUGCUACUGCUGACAACACUCAUCCUGCUUCGGUUCCCAUUUCUGGUGACAAGAAUGUUGUUAAGAGUUGCGAAGAUCCUGGCCCCCCUGCCAAUGGAAGUUACACAGUGCAGUUUGAAGAUUUCAUUGUGUACAGUUGCAAUGCAGGGUGUGUGAUGGUGGAUCAUCCCGCUGGUAUUGCGGCAGCACAGUGUCUGGACAAUAAGCAAUGGUCACAUCCGAAACCCACGUGUCACGAUAUCGAUGAAUGUACAGUUGAUAAAGGCAUUUGCAAGAACGGCGUUAAUGGACAAUGCAACAAUACACCUGGAUCAUAUCAAUGUGUUUGCAAGCCUGGUUUUGCAGGAACACCUUGUGCAGUUCCCACCUCACUAACCGGUGUUAGGCCAAGAUCUGACAAGAGCGUUAAUGAUCUAGCUGCUGGCGACAAAAUGAGUAAGUGUUUUUAG